AUAACACUGGAUAUUUUCGUUAUUGGCAAAGAGUGUAUAUAGUUGUCUGCUUUUAUUUCAUCAUUAUAUACAAGCACAAUGGGAAGGUCAUAUCUCGAAUUGGUGAACGAAUGCGACAAAUUCCCAUACUACGAGGAUAAUCCAACCUUCUAUGCAGCCCACUUGAAGAAUUUCCACGCUUUCAAAGUAAGCGGGUGUGAUGCUGUGCUCGGGUAUAUCCUCAAUUCGGUGGUGGAAAAGUUCUACUGGCCGGGGGAUUGCUGGUCGGUCGACUCUACAAGUCGAACAGUCACCCUCGUUACCCCUCCAAAUGCGACAGCCGACCAGCGAAGCCAAUUGGUCGCAAAGACUCUCCGUGAAGUAGUCAAGAGGGGCACCUUUGACAUAUUGAAAGGAUGGCGCAAUGAGCUCUACCCUGUCUACGGUCCAGGCGGGGAGUUCCUGUUGGAAAUGGAACGGAGCGCGAGUCCGCUCUUCGGCAUCGUCUCAUAUGGUAUUCACUGCACUUGCUACGUUGAAGACGAAAACGGACUACGCAUCUGGGUCCCGAGACGAUCACGGACGAAGCAAACAUACCCUGGAAUGCUGGACAACUCCGUGGCGGGCGGAAUGAGCACCAAAGAGAAGCCCUUUGAGUGUUUGGUCCGCGAGGCGAUGGAAGAGGCGUCUCUUCCCGAGGUUGUGGUCAGGCAAAACGCCCGCUCCGUUGGAUGUGUCACGUAUGUCUAUGUUCGUGGAGCGCGGGCUGGAGGCGAAACCGACCUGCUGCAGCCUGAGGUUGAAUACGUCUACGAUAUCAAGCUGAGCGCUGACGUUACUCCGAAGCCCUGCGAUUCAGAGGUCGAGGAGUUCAACCUAUACACUAUCGAGGAGACCAAGAAGGCACUGGCAAAUGGUGAAUUCAAGCCCAAUUGCGCCGUUGUAUUGAUCGAUUUCUUCAUCAGACAUGGGAUCCUGACACCCGAAAACGAGCCCGAUUACCUGGAGAUUGUCGCAAGGAUUCACCGCCGCCUUGAGUACCCAACAGUAUCGCACGCCGCGAGGUAGGCUAUAAUGCUGCCGGAAGUUGCACGAGCUAGAGACGAACAGGUAGAGAUGUUUGUGUCAUGUUAAGUUCUUCUGUUUCAUUUGAUAUACCCAAUCAUCCAAUCAAACGCCGACGCUGCAACCCAAAAUGAAGAAUGCAAAUACAACUUUUCUGCCAAGCUUAAAAGCGAAAUUGCUCGCAAGGUUUUGGAGACACAAGUUGACGGAGAGGGUUCUUUCGUUUAUUUCUUGAGGAGCAGAUACACGUAAUCAAUGCGGAGAGGAGCCAGCUUCUUGUAGGGCCCUUCGAGGUAAAGC